AUGACAGUGGAGAAAGGAGAGAGGCAUCAUGGGUCAACAUCAUCAACGGCCUCAUCAACGGCAUCCGACGUGGAGACUGGGAAUGUGCUCAGGAAGGUGGCUUCUCUCACCAUCGGGGAUGCUGUGGGCAAAGUGCGCAAGUCCAAAGUCCCGGAGAAACUCGACUUCCAGAUUUAUGACAAGUUCGAAGGCGAGUUGUCACUUAUUGAACCCGAACGGAGACGCCAUGGGAAAGAUCUUCUUCGGAUCGUGGGAGAAGGGGGAAAUGUGGCUUCUCAGGCGCCUUUCGAUGCGUGUCGCCGCUACCAAGUGAUCAACUGGUUCAUCAGUUCCCUUGGGGAGGAUCACUAUUUGUGCAACUUGCUGAUGAAGCAAGACUUGAAGAUCAUGGUGACCCAGUUUUGCACUCACCUCCUGGCUGCAGGGGUCAUGAAGCAGAUUGAUGACCCGAAUGCUCCCCUGGAACCCGACUUCAGGCCCGACCUCAUGUAUUACUGGGCACACAGUGAAGUUCCGUCUCGACUUCCAGCCGCCCUUGGCAAGAUAUCCCAGAGGAACUCUGUGAUCAACUCCGAGGCAACCCCGAAACGAGGGGCUAAAUACACUGAAGCAGCUUUCACGAAGACACCGGCUGCUGCGGACAGGAGUCCGACCUGUGACACCGACACAUUCCCCGAUGAUUCCCCGAGUGAAUCCAGUGCCACGAUCGUCGGGGAGAUCCCCGAGAUUGAGGACUGGGAAGAGAAUGUGCGAGACAGGGGUGUUGUGAGGCGUGGAAGUGCCGUGAGCCUGGCUGUGGGUGCCUUUGCCCGAGGGGAUGUGCCCAACGCCAGGGUUCUGCUGGGCAACAAUAAGAAGCUCAGGACUGCGAGUGUGUCUUGUGUCCCACAAGAGGGCGCUGAUGAUGAAGAGCUGCAACAGAUAGUCAUGGGACUCAAGAGAGAGCACAAGGAGAACCUGGACAAGCAGGAGAAGAAGAGGGAAGUGGAGUUGUUCGGGCUCAGAGGAGAACAUGCUGCAAACGUGGCUGAAUAUGACGAGCGGAUCCACCAUCUUGAAGUCCUUGUUCACACCUUGAAUGCCGAAGUGGAGAAGUAUAAAACACUGGCAGAAAAGGUUCUGGCUGAAAAAGUCAAGGCAGAGCUUGAUCCCCCCAGUUCAAGUGAAGUGGCUGUGCAAACGUUGGAGUUUGUGGACCAGUUUCCCAGAAGGUCUCCACAGAGGGUCUCAUCUGGCACCACUUGUGUUCCUCUGGCCACUGUUGCUCCUCUCCCUUCAUCCAGUGCAGAAAUCCCACCUUCUCCUUCAGCACAACAUUUGCCUUCUCCUCCUUCUCAGUCGUCAUCAUCAUCUACUAGUGUACCUGUGAUUGGUGUACCUCCACCCCCACCACCACCUCCACCUCCUCCACCCCCACCACCAUUUCCCCUAAGUGGUGGUGGACUAAUCAUACCUCCCCCACCUCCUCCUCCUCCUCCACCACCACCUCCUCCUCCGUUUCCUCCAAUGUUUGGAGGAGCACCACCACCACCCCCGUUUCCUCCAAUGUUUGGAGGAGCACCACCACCACCACCCCCACCCCCUCCACCACCUUCAGGCUUUGGGGGUCCACCACCACCACCACCGCUGCCUGGAAUGGGAGCUCCUCCUCCUCCUCCCCCUAUGCCUGGUGGACCAGCUCCGUUGCCUCCUCCGCCACCUGGUGGCUGGUUGGGGAACCCAGUCGUCGCGAGGAAACCUGCAAUCAAGCCCAAGGUCCCCAUGCGGCCCUUGUACUGGAACCGCAUCAUCACCCCCAGUGUGCCCAAGGAGAAACCCGUCAUCGUUGCUCCGAACUCUUCUCCUACUCUCACGAAUGAUGGCCUACUCUGGGAAUACCUUGAUGAAACCCCUUUGAAUGAUGUGGAUGAGUUUGAAACUUUGUUUUCCCGGGAAGUGAAGGCUCCCAAGACUGUCGAGAAACCUGUGAAAACGGAACAAACUAAAGUCAGGGCCGCGAAAGUUUUGGAUGGGAAGAGAUCUCAGAAUGUUGGCAUCAUGAUCAAGAGCAACCACAUAGAGAUUGCUGACGUGCAAAAUGCUGUGUAUGAGUUCGAUACCUCAGUGAUGAAUCAUGAGAUGCUCCAGGCAAUCUAUGUUUUGCGUGCUUCCAAGACCGAGCUGGACAUGAUCAAGUGCCAUUUGGCUGAGAAUCCCGAGGUGCCUUUGGAUAAGCCUGAGCAGUUCUUGUUUGAGCUGUCAGAAAUUCCAAACUUCGCCGAGAGAAUCGCCUGUCUCACUUUCCAAGCCAAAUUUCAAGAGACCUUGACGAAUGUCGAGGGAAAACUGAACAACCUCAAGCUGGUGUGCGCAGAGCUGGUGAGUUCCGAGUCUUUGCACAGAGUCCUCGGACUAGUCCUGAGCAUGGGGAACAGAAUGAACGGUGGGAACCACAACCGGGGACAGGCUGAUGGGUUCCACUUGGACAUUCUCGAGAAACUGCGGGAUGUGAAAAGUGUGGACAAAUCCUUAACCCUUCUGCACUAUCUAGUCAGGGAGACUGUACAGGUGAUGAACAGGGAGAAGGGUGAAGGAGCAGCAGUGGCCAAGCUUCCGAUUCCUGAGCCUGGGGAUAUUUCCAGAGCUGCAGAUAUCAACUUUGAAGACAUCAGCCAAACACUUCAAGCAUUGAAGCUGGAAAUGCUGCAGAUUGAGAAGACCGCUGAACUGGUUGUGGCGCAAUCUGAUGAAAGCCAUGUGGAACCUUUCAAGCAGAAUAUGGAAGAGUUUCUUGCAACUGGUGCGUGCUUCUUCUUCUGUUGGUCAAAAUUGAUUGAUGUGCAAGUUUUAUUUGCUGCUUGUCAGCAUUCACAAGGUUCAAAGAAUAUUUCCCACAUCCCAUCAUCACAACCGCAUCCUCACACAUCCACCCGAGUGGGGAAAUUGGUGCACACUGGGGAUUUGUUUGUGACCUUGCUGUGCACCUGA